AUGCGUCCAAUUGCAAGAACCGCUCUGCGGCCGUACAUCUGUCCAACAUGUCGGCAUGGUAUUGGUGCUAGUCGACGGCGAUUCGGCACCAAGACCGACCAAACCCCCGACAUCUACGAUGUUGUCUGCGUUGGGGGUGGCCCGGCCGGUCUAGGGCUUCUGGCCGCGCUUCGAGCUUCGCCUAUUACAUCCAAACUCAAGGUUGCUCUCGUCGAAAGCCAGGACCUCAGCAAAGCCCGCACCUGGAACAUGGAUUCGACCCAGUUCUCCAACCGCGUGAGCAGCCUUACGCCGUCGUCCGUUGCGUUUCUCCAGAAAAUUGGUGCUUGGGAGCAUUUAGAUACCGGCAGAGUGCAGGAUUACCAAGAGAUGCAGGUGUGGGAUGGCGAGACCGGGUCGCGCAUAUCGUUUGACUGGUCGAGUGAGACGUCAGCGUUUGAAGAUAUGCGCACUGUCGCUACGAUGACAGAGAAUUCAAACCUAGUUCGCGCCCUACUUAGACGAAUUGCGGCGUCUGGAGAAGAAAAUUUGAAGCUUUUUUCUAAUACAACAGUCGCCUCUAUCGAGAAUGGAUCUGAUCUUCAGACCGAGGGACCUGAUCUAUCCGCAUGGCCCGUUCUCUCCGUCAGGCCGACAGGUCCGGGGGCAGAGACACAAUCACCCUCUCGCAUUGCUGCGAGAUUGCUGGUCGGUGCGGACGGCAUCAACAGCCCCGUGCGCUCAUUUGCCGACAUCACCACCCAAGGCUGGGACUAUAACCGGCACGGCAUAGUCGCGACACUCGCCCUCGGUAGCCCCGAAAACUCCCCCUUCCCUACCACCAUACGCACCGCAUACCAGCGGUUCCUGCCCUCACUCGGCGGUCCCAUCGCUCUACUCCCGCUCCCAAAUAACCACGCCACGCUGGUCUGGUCAACGACGCCCGAUCACGCUGCAUAUCUCAAGUCUCUUCCCGCCUCUGCGUUCCUUGCCAUGGUCAACGCCGCCUUCCGGCUGUCCAUGACCGACCUCACAUAUAUGAUGGGCAUGCCGCCGCCCUCUUCCACCCCAAGCCCCCAUGAGGAUGAGCUCUCCUGGCGCCUGCAACACACCCCUCUCCCGGCACACAUGCCCCCCAUGGCGACGGGCGUCCAAUCCGGCACAGUAGCCUCUUUCCCGCUCCGGUUCCGCCACGCAGCGCAGUAUAUCUCCCCGCGCGUCGCGCUCGUCGGCGACGCCGCGCACGUCAUCCACCCACUAGCCGGCCAGGGCCUGAAUCUUGGCCUGGCGGACGUGGCCGCGCUCGCUCGCACCGUCGAGUACGCCGUGUCCCACGGCAUGGACAUCGGUGAUCUCCUGACACUGGAGCGCUACUCGUGCGAGCGGUACCUAGCUAACGCCAAGAUCGGCGGCGCGUGCGACCUCCUGCACAAGAUGUACACGAUCCCCGGGCAGGGGCCGGUGACGUGGGCCCGCAGUCUGGGCCUGGACGUGAUUGACAAGCUGCCGUUCGUGAAGUCGUUCCUGAUGAAGAACGCUGAGGGAUAUUAG